AUGUCCGAUCGCACCCCCUCGGCACCACUCCGCACAGGGCCCCUUUCACCGUCGUCUCCCGCUCCCUUCACAUCUCCCAAAGACAGUUUACAACCGGCUAUUACGCUCGACCAGGUUCCCCAGACGCCGACAUCGCCUCCGUUGAUGUCGGUAAGCGCUCCGAACAAUGCCUCCGAUUUCGCAUCCAUGCAAGCAUUACCCAACCAGGCGACAUCACAACCUGCUAGCCUCUCAUCUCCGCCUUCCUCCGCACCCAUGUCUACUCAGACCUCUCAGCAGCCAACAUCAGGCAUAACAAACUCGUUUCCGACGCCAGCCAGCAGCGUCGAUCCAGACCAUAACGAUAAAUCCUUCGGUACAGGGAUAUCAGAAGCAGGAGCGUCUGCCCCGGCUGGUGCCAGUGUUGUGCCGACUCAACAAUCAGAAGACAGGCGGGCAGAUCAUGACAAGAAUUUGGAAUCCCUUCAGACGGGAACAGGGGUACGGGAUUUUGCACAGAUGGGCGGCUCUUCCCAAGUUCCCCAUGGCGACGCCAUGGAGCUUGACACAGAACCAUCAGCACACACUAACUCCAAUUGGCCGAGCUUAGAAUCUUUGCAGAAAGAAUUCUCGUCCGCCUUCCAUCUUUGCAAAAGCUCCCAUAUUGCGACUGGACCAGACCCAUCAGUCGACCUUAUCUCGCUGUAUGGCCUAGGACCUGUAGCAAGAUCGGUUGCAAGAAAUGACCCCGUCACGGGAGAGAAGAUCAAUCGGCUUCGGAAGUCAUACGAAGGCAAACUGAAAGGUUUAGGUCUGUCCGGAAGGAAUAAACCGGUGAAGCACGACCCAUCAACUCCUGGUGGGCUCCGGCAGAUGACAAUGUGGCCCGAAGAAGAGUGGCAAAACCAGAAAGUUUUUGGCAAGGAAAUAAAGGUGGCAGAUAUGGAUUCAGCACUACACAAUCUGCAGAUGAAAGCUAUGAAAAUGGAACCAGGGCCGGUACCGAACAACGAUUACUGGGAAGACGUGCUAGGUCAUGACAAGCCUACGAAGAAUACAAACACAGGAGAAGCUGCGAAAAAGCCUGCUGCCCCUCAAAGUUCUGUUCGAACUGCUGCACAACCGAAUGGAACACCUAUAUCAACAGAGCCAGAGCGAAGUCGCCCGAGCCGAGGGCGCAAGAGGAAUUAUGAUGACAAUAGCUUUGUGGGGUACGGCGAGGGCUAUGCGGAUGAUGAUGAUGAGAGCGGAUUCUAUUCGAAUAGCGAAGGAAGUGGAAAGAAAAAACGGAAGAAGGAUCACGUCUCCAAAAUUCCUGCACCUCCGGACAGAGGGGGUAGCUACGGAGUCGGGAUGUUCGGGAUUGAUCCCUACCAAAAGACCCUCACCCUAAUCGACACCGCACACUCCGCGGACCCUAAACAAGUCACCCCACCUCAAGCUCAAUCCCCAAUACCCUACGAACUUCUCUAUGCCGACAAAAUGACAAAAUACCUCUCCCUGCGCUCCCCUUCCGCUCCCGACGCCCUCCGCCUCGCCGUGCGCGCCCAACACCUCCGUCGCUGGGAAGUCCCGCGCACCGACUUCCCAGCCACAAAGAUCGGAUACCACAGCUGGCGCAGCCACCUGGCGCGGCGACAGGCGGAGAUUGCGCGUGGAUUCUGCGUUGAAGCCGGGUAUGACGAACCCUUUGCGGAACGGGUUGCGGCGCUUGUGAGGAAGGAGGGGUUGAAGUCCAGCGGGGAAGAUGCAGACGUGCAGGUUCUUGAGGAUGUUGCCUGUCUUGUGUUUUUGGAGGACCAGCUGGAGGAUUUCCAGAGUGGUUAUGACGAGGAGAAGGUUAUUGGGAUUUUGCAGAGGACUUGGGCCAAGAUGAGUGAGAAGGGGAGGGAGUUGGCACUAGGGAUGGAAUUGAGUGGGAAGAGUAAGGAAUUGGUUGGGCGGGCUCUUGCGGAUGGUUCUGCUGCUUGA